UGAAGAUACGAGAUCAUGCAGUGCUCUUCGUUAUAAUUGGUUGUUCCACACUCGUGGCAUUGUUGACUCGUCAAACUGGAUCUUUUAACUAAAUCCUUACAACUUUGUUUCCCUUGUUCUACUUUUCCACCUUCUGUAUCAAGAUCAACAACUAGUAGGGGAAGAAAAUGAAGAAGCAAUCGAAAGUCGGUCUCUCUUUCCCUCGGAAAGAGGUCGAGAAGGCUUCGGCAGACGGGACGAAGGAGCAUGGCAAGCCAAAACAGGCAGAAGGCGUCAGGAAGCCGAUAAAGGGAAAAGGCAAAGGAAAAAAAGGGGGAAAGAGAUCACAGCCACAGGUGGCGAACAAGAAUAAGAAGGACGUCGUGGGCGUAGUGCAGGCGAUGAAAACUGCUCCUGCCGCGACAGAGACAAACAAAAACACAACAACGCCGGCUCCUCAAGUUACGUUGUCUGUGAAGAAGGAGCAGAGGUCGGCAUCAAGAACUGGUGGGUCCAUUGCAGAAAACAAAACCCCGACCACCAUCACCGAAGGUGAGAAGAGUAAAACGGCAUGGUCGAACUUGCGACGCAAGAACCGGAUAAAAGCGGAGAAAAGAGCACGAAAAGAACGAGCUGGACAAGUACAAAAAUCAAAUGAUAAAGAGGUGGCGGUUCUUGGUCAUGCGGGGGACAAGGAUGCAGAGAAGACGAACAAGAAGAAGAAGAUGAAGAAGGCUGCGCCUGAAUCUGGUGCAAGCGAAGCACAGGCUGCAGCUGCUGGGCAGAAGAAUCCCCCAAUCGUUGACGCUUUUCAACUAGGUAGCAAUUUUCAGAACCUUCUCAGGAACAAUCCUCAAACAGCUCAGAAGCAAAAUAGAAGUACCAAGAAGAGCUUUAAGAACCCAUCAAGUAACACAUCAAGCAACACAUCAUCAAGACCCACCUCUACUUCAAAGCCCGCCUCUUCAAGUACAACAACUCAAUUUCUUGCCUUAGACUGCGAGAUGGUAGGUGACCAUGACGGCAAUAGCAUCCUUGCGCGCAUCAGUCUCGUUGAUCAGGAUUUGAACUGUCUUUAAGGGUCGUAGGUUAAAGGUGCUUUUCUUACCGCUUUUUAUGCCUCUCUCCGCCCUUAGGUAAGGGAGAAAGGCAUAACAAGCGGGAGAACCCGCGAGCACCAAAAACCUACCUCUAAUGUCUCCUCGAUUGCUUAGUUCGGCCCCUCAGCAACGAUUUGAGCGACGUCAAGGAUUUCCGAACGCACGUAACCGGACUAACGCGCGCUUCAUUCGACAGAAAGAAGAGCUGCUCUUUUAAAGCGGCACAAAUGAGACUGUUGGAGGAGAUUCAGAAAAGGACAACUAGAUCUACAGGGAGUAAAGGUCAAGGUCAACAUGCAUCCGCUGGUAGUUAUUCUGGUACUACUAGUGGUGCUGUGAUGCUCAUAGGGCAUGCAAUUACGAACGAUUUGCAUGUACUAGGCCUGCCUUUUACAAUGUCUCCCACAGGCGCAACCGAAGCCAAAAAUAGUAGCACCUCAAGUGGUCCUCAUCUUCAGCGACGUCUGGAAAAGCAUCCACAUUAUGUUGUUGGACCAAUCGACCAGAAAAACAUGAACAAGUUGAGGAAUCUUCAAGCCAGCGGCACUACUAGUACGACUUUUCCAGUCAUAGACACUCAAAUUCUCUAUCCAGGAAGAGCUCGGCUGCAGGAUCUAGCUUUAGAGCACUUGGCUGAGAAGAUUCAGGAAGGAGCUCACGACUCAGUCGUCGAUGCAAGAACGACUAUGCGACUAUUCAAGAGGUUGGUUGCGUGAUGAUAUUCGCCAUGAGAAGUGAUCAGAUGAGAUCAUGAAAGGAUGCAAAUGCAUUAAUAUUUAGAGAUGUAGAUUUACUCCUGCAACGACUGCGACGUAAAUAAAAUAGCAAGCGUGCCAAUGAAGAUAAGUGCCUUGGUAUUUACCUCGAAACUUACGACCAUGACCUAGCUCUACUUGUAGCCC